AUGGGUUCCUCUGAAAGUACAGGAAGGUUAAAUGGGACUCGGAGAAAUGAGGAUGAGCGUCGACAAGAAUCCACCGGAGCCGGGACAAUCGCAAUAGCUAUAGCGGCAGGGGUUGAUGUAGUGUGGGCUGGGACAACCCCAAUAGCUAUAGCUGCUGGGGUUGCUGCAGCGUGGGGCAUUUCUACAAUGCUUUUCAACAACACAGACACAGAUACAAAUAUAGAUACAGACUCAGACACAGACACAGACACGGAUGCCGAAGAAAAAUAUGAGGAGAGUAGAAAGAGGAGGAUCAGCACUCAUGGAAUUGAACCUUCCUUGCCUAAUCUACGCAUCCGUACAUACUACACCGAAGAGGCGUCUAAUAGACGGGAUCAGCAGCACUCAGAGGGUAAGUCAACCAAAAAAAUUAUAUGGUUCCCUCCUCCUCCAGGUGUCUUCAAAAUGAACACCGACGGUGGAUUUCGUCCCACCGAAGACCUCCUUGAAAAUGAUGCUGUCAAACGACCGAGUGCGUACGCAGGAAUCCUCCGAAAUGAUCGUGGCGAAUGCAUUCAAGCUUUUCGUCAGUUUUAUGGUGUAACCGAUAGUCUCGAAGCUGAGAUCGCUGGAAUUCUUAAAGGGCUUGGAGCUUUUGGUUGA